AUGACGUGGGCCGAACCCUCCGCCACGCCAAGGACAGGUACCGUUGCCCUGCGUAAAGACGCCGACCCACCAACCCCCGCUUUACCCAAUAGCAGCUACUGGCUCACCCCUUCCCUCACGACCCAGCUGUCUGACAGCCCGAGCAGCAGAAAGGACGCGACCCUAACGGCCGCCCGCCAGACGGAGGCGUCCACGGCGCUGCCCACCGGGAGCACGAGCGCCCUCGCCCCCGGCGCGGGGACCGCGGAAACAAGGGAGCCCGCGCGUCCCCGUAGCCAGCCCUCUGCCGCACCUGCCCCAGUUACGGAGGCGGCCGAACCCACAUUCGCGGAGACCGCCGGGACGGAGGCGAAAAUAGACGCAGGAUUAUUCGGGGAAGGAACGGGGGCAGUGGAGGAGCACGUGGGAAAGGGAGGGACCACACGCGGCGGCGGGGGAGCCUUUGAAGACGUGACGCAAGCGCCGACUCGUGCAGUGUCCCUUAGCACAGAGCCAUCGGGAGGCACGCCAUCUGAGGGGGCGGGCUUUGGCGGCACAGGUCCCACAGAGGAGGAGGAGCCGAGCAGAGUCUGGAGCGCCUCCGUUCCCUCCACCACGCCCCUCGGGCCGCUGUUUGCAGAGCCGGCUCCUGAUGAGGACUGGCCCCCGGACGCCGCGGCCAAUGACUCGUCUCUCCUCCCCGACUGCAACGUGGACGCCGGGAUCUGCAACGCCUCCGGCCCCUGGAGCCCCGCCUUCCCAGACGACAACGCCACCUCCAACCAAUCCUACGACCCCUUCCUGCUCCUGGCACCGCCCAUGUUCGUGCCCUUGUACUCGGACUGGAACACGGCCAUGGCCACCUGGGGGUUGGCGUGGGAGGCGCACGUGUACGGGCUGGGCUCGCUGUUCGCCCUGGUGGCCUUCGUCUCGGUCCUCAACCUGCUGUGCCUCCCGUUCCGGUGUCCCUCGGGCUGCGGCUACUUCGCGCUGGUCAACCUCUUCCUGCUGGCGGCCAGCUGCAGCAGGGCCUUCUCGCUCUUCUACGACGCCUACAGCCACCAGGACAAGCUGCCGGCGGCGGGGACCCUCCUGCUGUACGAGGUGCCCUUCCCCUGCCUCACGGCCGCCUUCGGCAUCGUCUUCCUCCUCCUGUCCAUGCGCUCGCGCAUGCAGCUGUCCAACUCCGUCUUCCAGCACCCCUGCUUCCUGGCCGUGCUGGUGCUGCUGCACUUCAGCGCCACCUUCGGGUCGGUGGUGCUCCUGCAGGUGUUCACGCGCCUGCCCUGCCUGUUCUUCGUCUCGCAGGGCUCCUUCGUGGCGCUGGCCGCCUUCCUGUCGGCGGCCUACUUCGCCUUCUACUGCUACGUGCGGGCCGACGCCAAGCACAUUUACCACCUGAACAACACGUCGCCGCCCGCCGAGCGAUACCACCGCUGCCCCUUCGCCGACCCCAAGGACUGGGACCGGGCGGCGGUGACGGCGGUGUUCGCCGCACUCUUCGCGCUGGCCUGCGCCGGGCUGCAGCUCUACGCCAUGCUCCACGCCCUCGGGCUGGGCGGCGUGGAGGUCUUCCACCCCUGGCCCUGGUGGGCGUUCCACCUGAGCUGCCGGGUGUGCGAGGCGGGCGUCUGCCUCACCCUGUCGCUGGUGGUCAUGCGGCCGCUCUACUGCUCGGGCGAGCUCCCCCAGCCCGACCCGGGCUGCUGGCCUCGGGUGUUCUGCGCCGGGGCCCGGGGCCGCGUGGACGUCAAGUCCCCCGCCCUGCCCAACAACUACCAGUGGUCGCUGUCGCAGCAGGAGAAGCUGGUGAUCUGCGACGCCAUCGCCCGCCGCGAGUCCGAGUGCCUGCCGCUCUACACGCUGGUGGACAAUCGGCUCAGUAGCCUGGACGGGCUGGACCUCCUCUACCCCUGCGGGGGCCUCCCGUUCGACGCGCCCAAGGGCGGCUCGCGCAAGUCCUCCUUCACCAGCCUGCAUCUGGACAGCGACUCCACGGCCGACCUGCGGCCCCCAUCCCCGAUCAACCUGCGGCGGAGCAUCGACGAGGCCCUGUUCGGGGAGGCGCUCUUCCCCAAGAGCCUCUUCGGCACCUCCCAGCUCCGCGGCUCCAGCGAGCUCUCCCUGGACGUCGGGGGCGGAGGGGACGGGCUGCCCUUCGGGGAGGGCGCGGCCGAGCGCGGUCUGUACAGGACCUCCUCCUGCGUGGAGAUGGAGACCCGGGAGACGCGGGAGUUGCGAGCGCCGCCCCCGCCCCCGCCCGAGGCCUCCUCCGUCUCCAGCCGCGCCACCCUGGAGGCCGCCUCGGGCUCCUCGGCCGAACGCUGGCGGGGGAGCGGCGCCUCCAGCUCCCCGUUCGGGGCCUCCUUCGACGGCUCCUCCCUGGUGCUCUGCUCCAGCCCCGAGGGGCGCGGCGGCCACCCCUCCUUCUGCAGCAGCCGCAUCACGCCCGGCCACCUGUCCCAGAGCAGCCUCAACCAGGUGGCCCAGCUCCAGAGACGCUACCGGGCCCUGGGCUCGGCCUCCCAGGAUAGCCUGGACCAGCCAGCCGAGCAGGACCUGGCCGUCCAGGCCGAGUUCAUCAGCGUGUGCAGGCAGAUCGACGCGCUGAGCGUGUGCAGCGACACCAUCGACCUGUAACCGCGGCGACCCUGCAGAGUUCCCACGCACUUAGGGUGCAAACAAAGAGCAAAGAGCUCACGGCCUCCAACUGUGCCACUGCGGUCAGCUCAAGCUGCUAGUGAUGGAGCAGACUGCGUGGUUUCGCGACGAUUACAAUGGUGCCAAGUCUGAGCUGGAGAUUCCGCGAUCUUGAUAAAACCGCAUCUCCCACAAUCCUCCAGGGGAGGUUUUACUCUCUUCAGAACAUAGGGCCCUCUGAAGGUGUCGCUCCACGCCUGGAUUGGGUGGAGCCAGUUCCACUAUGGCAGCGAGGACUUCAAUAUUUGGAUGAGCUGUCAAGUACUGAAGAAUUUGAGAGACCAACAAUAAUUUUAUAGAUUGUAUUUGUCAGAUUGUAAUG